CAGUACUUCAGGGACCUGCGGAGUUGUGUAGACCAAAAAUCACCCGCAUUGAUCACGCUUUGGGGUCAUUUACAGGUUCCGUUCAAGUUUAUACAGUUCAACAAGAAACUGCAUUGAUUUUUGUGAAGUCAGUCACGCGGCAUAGCCUCAUCAAUAUUCAUGUACGUACAUUUACAUUUAUGUAUUUUAAAAGACAUCUGAUUCAUUUGCACAGUGGAGUUACAGCGAAGACAUUGCCUCAGAUUUUAUUGUUCUAUAGCAAUAAAGCCUGCGCUAUCUGAUCAAAUGCAAACCGACACAGCUCUGGGUUUUUGUUCUUCACAAAUAUUUUAUCAGAAUACAAGCAAGUGUGAAUGUUGUGUUAUCUUAGUUCAAGGCAGGAAGGGAAAAGACCUGGCUGGACUAUGAUCCCUUCAAUUUCUGCAUCUUUUAUGUACUUUAAAAUCUGAAAGAUAUAUUGUAUAAGGAUUUUGAUUCUUCAGACUUUAUCAGUUUACAUUAAAGUUGUCGCCUGUUUUAACAUAUGCAGAAUAACACUUGGUGUGAAAUAUGAAAUGGUUGGUACAUUUGGGAGGUUGUGACAGGCACAUGUUCAUGUGUGGCAGAUUUCCACAGGAGGGAGGGGCUGAGGAAAGAGGUGUGGUAUAAUUACUCAAGAAACUUUGACAGAUGCCUGUGUGUGUGUGUGUGUGUGUAUGUGUGCACAUGCAUGGGAGAGUUGUCUGGGGAUAUGUUUGGAAAUACAAACGACGAGAGAGGGAUGAGGCAGGCGAGACUCUUCCCUUUGCCUGUGGAAAUGAAGAAGGCGAGGGAGGAAGAUGAGACUGGACGGGGGGACAGGAUGAAGGCACACGCUGCAAAACGGGAAUGUGGAGGAGAGAGGUUUGUCUGCAUCGCACUGGAGGAGAUGCAGAGCUACUACAGAUACGCCCAGUGCUGUCAACGGCUACAUAAUGACAUCGUGCAGACGGAGGAUGGUCCUCUGUGUGCUGCGGAAAUUGGCUCUGAGCUCCAGAAACAGUUUGCCAUCCUGCCAGGGGGCCGCGGGAUGAACGGCCGCCCCGUCAUCGUCUUCCCAGAGUUCCCUGACUUCAGCGAGCUGGAGGAGGAGGAGCUCCAAAACGUCCUCAGCUACCUCACCAGCGUCCCCAGCGUUGCAGCAUCAGGAGUGGGUUUCAUCCUGGUCAUCGACAGACGACUGGACCGAUGGGCCGCCGUCAGGGCAACCCUGCUCCGCAUCGCAGGCUCAUUUCCAGGGAACUUGCACUUGGUUCUGGUGUUGCGUCCCACAACAUUGUUCCAGCGGACUCUGUCAGACUUCCUGUUCAAGUACAACAAGGAUGAGUUCAAAAUGAAGGUGGUGAUGCUGAGUUCGGUGACUGAGCUCCAUGCUUAUAUCGACCCAGGACAACUGACCACAGAGCUGGGAGGCACACAGGAAUACUGUCAUGAAAGCUGGAUCUCACACCGAACUGCAAUCGAGGCGUUCGCCCUCAUGGUGAAGACCACGGCUCAGACUCUGCAGACGUUUGGCACCGAGCUUGCAGAGACAGAAUUGCCCAAUGACGCCGAGGCCACGACCAACCUGCUGCACACGCACACACUGAAGAAGGAAAAAAUGAAGGAAGACCUGCAGGUGGCGCUGUCUCAGGGGGGCCGCCUGUUGGACUGUAUCAACGAGCCUGUCCAGACAGAAGCUGAAUACAGCAUGACCCAUGAUGAGCUGGAGAACCUAGCUACUGUACAGAGACUCCUGGGUCAGCUGGACGAAACAGAGACAGCGUUUGAUGAUUUCUGGGAGCGUCACCGCACGAAGCUUGAACAGUGUUUGCAGCUGCGCCAUUUUGAACAGCACUUCCGUGAAGUGCGUGCGCAGCUUGACGUGACAGCAGAGAGGCUGUCGGGUUUCUCUGAGGUCAGCGUAAGCCCCGCCCAUGCCGAGCACGUCCUCAGAGAGCUCGGCGUCCACGAGGACAAGGCCUGUGACGUCCUGGACCGGGCCCUGUCCCUGGCUUGUGAAGCUGACCGGCUGAUAGAAAACUCACACUAUGCCGAGGACUCCAUCAGGCCCAAGUGCAGCGAGCUGAGAGGAGUGUGCGACGAGAUCAGUGCAGCUCUGAGGAGCAAGAAGAACCUCCUGCUCAGGGCGAUGGAGCUUCAUCACGCUCUGGAGAAGGCAUCACAGUGGUGUGAAGAGGGCAUCUUCCUGUUGGCCAGCCAGCCAGUAGAUCGCUGUCAGUCUCAGGAUGGAGCUGAAGCUGCUCUGCAAGAACUGGAGCGAUACCUGGACACAGCAGCACUGCACACCAUCGCUGACCGCGGCGCCAUCUGCUGCCAGUAUGAGGCGGUGCUCAACACUCAGCUCAGGGACCAGGUGGAGAGAGUUUUCCAGAAGCAAAGCUCAGUCCAGGAGAUGUUCGAGAAGCGACGUGUCAGCCUGAAGAAACUCGCCGCCAAACAGACCCGACCCGUCCAGCCGGUAGCGCCGAGACCUGAAGUGAAGUCCCCACACUCCUCCCCAAAUCAACAGAGAAAGGAUAGGAGAUACUCUGCAGAUAAUGCCAUCUGCAAAAAGGUGGAGUCUCCGCUACAUAAUGGCAACACAAGACAUGCGUCUCUUUCAGAAGAAGAAGAAAACCUGGCAGUGCUACGUCGUCACGUGAUGAAUGAACUGCUGGAGACGGAGAGGGCGUAUGUGGAGGAGCUGCUCUGUGUGCUGGAGGGCUAUGCAGCAGAGAUGGACAACCCGACCAUGGCUCCCCUCAUCCCCAGCGCCCUGCUCAGCAAGAAAGACGUCUUGUUUGGCAACAUGUCUGAAAUCUACCAGUUUCAUAAGAGGACGUUUCUGAAGGAACUGGAAGCGUACACCGACUACCCAGAACUGGUGGGCCGCUGCUUUCUAGAACGGAUGAAGGACCUGCAGAUCUACGAGGCCUACUGCCAGAACAAACCUCGCUCCGAGAGCUUGUGGAGACAGUGCUCCGACUGUGCCUUCUUCCAGGAGUGCCAGAGGAAGCUGGAACAUAAACUUGGUUUGGACUCCUACCUCCUCAAACCUGUCCAGAGAAUCACCAAGUACCAGCUACUACUGAAGGAGUUGUUGAAGUACAGUAAAGGCUGCGAUGGCUGUGACGACCUACAGGAAGCGCUCUCCUCCAUCCUGGGGAUCCUGAAAGCUGUUAAUGACUCCAUGCACCUCAUCGCCAUCACUGGAUACGAGGGCAACCUGUCGGAGCUCGGUCGUCUCCUGAUGCAAGGCUCCUUCAGCGUGUGGACAGAGCACAAAAAAGGUCACGCCAAGGUCAAGGACCUGGCCCGGUUCAAGCCCAUGCAGAGGCACCUGUUCCUGCACGAGAAGGCCCUGCUCUUCUGUAAGAGGAGGGAGGAGAACGGGGAGGGUUACGAGAAAGCUCCGUCGUACAGCUUCAAACACUCCCUCAGCAUGAGCGCAGUGGGCAUAACGGAGAGUGCUAAAGGAGACAACAAGAAGUUUGAGGUCUGGUGCAACUCCAGAGACGAAGUUUUUAUAGUCCAGGCUCCGACACCAGAGAUUAAAACCUCAUGGGUGAACGAGAUCCGCAAAGUUCUGACCCAGCAGCUCAAAGCCUGCAGAGAUGCCAGUCAACAGAAGAACUCAGACUCUGUUUUCCCAAGUCCCACCAGCAACACGUCCUCCAUCUCGCUCAGCCCGUUCCGCAGCGGCGGUCAGAAGAACCAGAAGAAGCAGGAUGAGAAGAAGGCAGAGCCGAGCCCGACCUCCGAUGCGAACUUCUCUUCCUCGCCGAAACACAAAGAUGAACCGGUGACCAGUCCGACCACGGACAGGUCCUCGGUGGCUAAAAAGCGUUUUACUUUGCAGGGCUUCAGCAAUCUGAAGAGUCCAAAAGGCCCGGCCCUGAGCCCCGAACACGGCUCCAAACGCCACUUGGUCAAGAGUGACCCCACGCCGUUUGGGUUCAAAGGAUGGAGCAAGGCGUCUCUCUCUGUGGACGCCUCCGAAGAGAAUGACGGGUACUCCAGCAGCGAGGACCCCAUGAACUCUGACCCUGAGGAUGAAGUAGGAAAGAAGCUGGCUCCAGGAAAGUACACUGUGGUAGCAGACUGCGAGAAGGCGGGACCUCAGGAGCUCUCUGUCAAGAGUGGAGAUGUGGUCCAGCUAAUCCGAGAAGGGGAGGAUGGACAGUGGUUUGUGAGGAACCUCCGCAGCAGUAAGGAGGGUUGGGUGGCGGCGGCAAACCUCCUCAGCCUCAUCUCGGAGUCCAAGUCGUCGCAGUCACUCAGCAGCUCAGAUGGCAGCGUCUCCGGGAACAUCAGCACUUCCUCCAGCUGCAGCGAGACCUACACCAGCUUUUCCGACAUCAAACCCUGACCUGACAGCACCGCUCCCCCCCCCCCUCCACCCCUCCACUCACACUCAUCUCCAGGUGGAAUCACAGAACCUGACGCUGCCUCUUACAGAACCUCAAUGUUCUUACUGUGUCGUUAUCACACAGACACACACUUUUCAGUUUGUCGGAUCCAACCAAAAAACCCCAGAAAAAGCUCAUUUCCACUCAGCAGUAUUAUAAUCUCAUUUUCAUUUUUCCUUAAAAUUAUUUUGCAUUCCAAAACAUUCACAUUUCGCUGGAAUUGUUCAUUCUAGUGGCUGUAAACUUCCUCGAGAUAUACGUGAGAUCAAUCACCUCCUGUUUUUAUUUUUUCUAAGAAAAAUCACAAAAACCCUUGGGAUAAUGUAGCAUCAAAGCAGAUCAAAUUUAAAUAUCUGCACUAAACACGAGGCGUCGGCAGCUCACAAAACAUCCGCAGGUACUUUCAGAGUGGUAUUUCACACGAUACAACGGCAUAAGUGCCAGACACUGUGAAAACUGGCAGCUGGCUGCAAAAUGUGGAGAGAGAAAAAACGCAUUGAGUUCAUCUUGGUGCAUCACUGAGCAGGUCAAAUGUUCAGGACGUGCAGCUGUAAGUCUUGUUAACUUUGCGUUCAGGGUGUUAAAUCCCUGAAGUGAUGUUUUUUUGCAGAAUGCUGAUUUCAUCCCCCUCAGCUUCCCUUAAUGUGUCACCACGUGAUUGUCGACAAACAGCACUACCUGGUGGUCACGUGGUCUUGCACUUCUCCUUAAACACAUUCAGAUCACUUACAAAGCGAACGGCAGCUUGAAACAAUUUCUUCUCUUUAAAGAGGGAUGAUCUAACCCGCCUCUGAACUGCUCGGGAUUUACCUCUCAGGAAGCCUCAAGAAGUUGUGUGGGCAAGCAGAUGAAACUUCAUACCUGCUGGUGUCGUCAUUGUGUUUGUGUGCGCGUGUGUGCAUUCUUGCAUAUGUUCGGUGCAAAUCCAACAUACAUAAGAUGUGUCAUAAACCACCCAAUAGGUUGUUAAACCCGUUUAAGACGAAGGUAAUUCAGACUAAAAGAUUUGUUUAGUGUGAGAAUCCCUGGUGAGACCGACAGAAAACCGAUGCACGUACAGAUGAAUGUCACUCCUUCUGUACAUGUCCUGUUUUUGUGUCAUGGCCACUUCGCUCACCUAUCUUUUCGCCCUGCGCUGCAGCAACAAAAGCCGCCUUUGUCCACGUCCUCCGCUCCCUGCCCCGCUGAGGCAUGUGACCGUAGCCUCACUUCCCCACGAGCAGGGCUAACCAGAGGGCCCGGACCUGCUCGACACGUUUGCGCCACCAGCCCCGAGAGCAAUAUGUGUUUACUUGACACCAUAAUGUAGCUUAGUAGUCAUCACAGUGGAGCCAAAAAACAAAACAAAAAAGAUGACAAAAGUCUGACUUUAGGUGUGAAUUACACAGCAGAGGUUGGUGAGUGUGCCAAGCCAUGAGUGGCCAUGUUUGGCCUUGUUGAGGAUGUUGAUAACAAGUUGAUGGCUCACACACACACACACACUGUGUAUCUGUCUCCUCAGAUUUCUACUGUAUCCACAAGGUGCACUGUAAAACAAUCGCGCCCCUUUUUUCCCAUCCACAAUGUUGAAGAAUAUGAAUACGAUGUUCAAGUGCAGCGUUCUGUUGCAAUAAAACCAGCCGCACCCAUCUGUUACUAAGCUGCUGUAUUUAACAAAGCCUUUACUAACACCACUGAGGUUUUGUUGAAUCGGCCCCAGCUGAGAUCAGUGCUCAUAAUUAUUUUCCGAAGCUCUUUUUUUCUGUUGAGAACCACUUAAAAGCUUAUUUGUUUACUCCGAUAACAAAAUGCAUGUCCUCCCCCGUGAAAGGAAAAAGGAAUAUUAAGGAUCGGUGUCGGAACUGUGAGCCAAACCACAAACUAAAAACUGUGGCUGGCGUUAUGUGUUGGUCCAUGUCGGCUCCGUAAGACUGACCUAUGUGUAUGUUACACUUGUACAGAUGUGUCCUCUCUAUACCUCCCGUUGUUCUCCUCCAGAGCAUGAUGUAAAUUGUGAAGAGGAUCAUGGCUUUAGUGAGUCUUGCGUGUUCUCUCUGUGUGUCAUCACUCUGUGGCAUGUUCCUCAUCAGCCUCAAUUUAAAAAACCUCUCACGUCAGAGCCCCCGACCCGGGGGGAAGUAUUUUUUACCAGGCACUGUUGUAUAUUAUGAGAGUUUAUUUUCUGCCCUCUAACGAAAGCUGACACGGGCACUAAACUUGUCGGCGCUCGAUCGCGAUCACACAAUAAAGCUUAUUGAAUUAUUUGUACUUCUUUCGCCGGAGGCGAGUUUCUUUCUUUCUUUAUGCAGCACAUUGCAGCAACCACUGUCCUUAUUUCCUAUUGUAUAUCUACUGGGUAUGGUGUUGAUAUGAAGAUAUUAUAAUGACACGUUUCUGUGUAUAUUUGUACAUAUGUAAUUCUGAAUUGUAUGUAAAAUGAAAAGCAGCUUUAAUAAAGUCUGACAUGGUUUCCUCUA